AAUCCUUCAUGGAGUUACAAGGCAAUCGCGACGUAAGUUGACUGGAAAUGACGUCAGUCUUCUUAGUCAUAUUGUUCUCGGCCGUCUGGUAAGUUCCUGAGGAGGGUCGUCCGUCAACGUCUGUCGAAAGUUUUGACAUCUCCGUCGUGUGGCCGCGGAUGUAAGCAAAUAUGUCAUUGAACACGGCGCACACCAACGGUGGAGUUCUUCUCCACUCUGGCGAAUGCAUCAUUCUCUUCUGCGACAAUGUCAACAUGGAGUUUCACGGGCAGGAGCAGGCGGAGUUUAUGGGUAAGAAGCAAGGCAGAUUAUACCUGACGACCCACAGGAUGAUCUUCAACGCGAAAGAUCAAAAAGAGAAGAUGCAGUCGUUCAGCUUUCCAUUCGUCACGUUAAGCGAGGUCGACGUGGAGCAGCCGAUUUUCGGCGCCAAUUUCUUAGGGGGCAAGUGCCGUGCUCAGCCCAAUGGCAACUGGAUCGGCGAGUGCAAGUUCAAGUUGAAAUUCAAGAGUGGCGGUGCGAUAGAAUUUGCAACAGCUUUGCAGAGAGCUGCAAUAAUGGCUCAGCGCAAUGGCCCAAUGAAUGAUGCACCACCACCGUACACACCUCCGACAUCUGACUGGUAUCCAGCGCAACCUGCGGCUUAUCAACCCCCACCGACCGGAUAUUACGGAUGGAUGCCUCCGACUAAUGUAUUUCCAGAUGUUCCGCCAGGAAAUACCGUCUUCAUGACGGACAGUCCUCCACCGUAUCCAGGUAUACAUCCGUAUGCGUGCGGACCGUCGCAACAAGGCCCCGGCGGCGCAGCGGGACAAGGAGCACCUGGAUGGGCCAAUCCGAAUUACAACGGUCAGCCGAUGUCUCAAGGUGCGUAUCCUGGCGGUUACGGGCAACCGCCCCAAAGCGGUUACGGGCAACCGCCCCAAGGCGGUUACGGGCAACCGUCCCAAAGCGGUUACGGGCAACAGCCCCAAGGCGGUUACGGGCAACCGGCCCAAGGCGGUUACGGGCAACCGCCCCAAAGCGGUUAUCCGUUAAAUCCACCACCGUACUCGCCGUAUCCGCAAGUCAAUGCACAGCGUGGACCUUACCAACAACCAGGAUACCCUUCGUACCCACCUCAGUACUAAUGAAUUGUAACGAAUGCGUAAUACGUAUGCGUGUAAAUGGUGUGCCUAUUCGUUUAAUAAUAAGCUACGAGCAACAAUGCGAUGAAAAGAAAAAAAAAAAAAAACAACGCUUAUCUGAAAACGCCACAUCGAAUUAUAUCGGAUGUGAGCAAUGUGCAUAUAUUUUCAAAUAUCUCAUACUUGGAGAAGCUUACGAAUGAAUAUAUUCUCGAGAGAGAACGCUUUCGAGAGGAGAGGGACGAGCGAUUUUCCCGAAACUUGUUCUUUGGACAGCACGGUUGUUUCUUUUUAUUCAUUGUCGGUAUCGACGGUAUCGUUUCACCUUCGUUCCGACAUUCUGUGAUACAACGAAGGUGGAACGAUGCUGCCAGUCACCGACGGUGAAUAACGGAAUGCGGUUUCUACACGCUGAAACGAGCAUACGUACUUUUCUAAGUGCUGAUAGCUCGCACAAUGUAAUUUCUCGCAAUUGCGCUGAACGCGCAUUGCCGGAUUCUUAUUCCUCUGUUAAUUUCACGAAAUUAUAAGACACGUUAUAUUAGACAAAUAGCAACGAACAAUACGAUAUUAAAUGUUAAUUAAAGGACAA